AUUCGAAUUUUGUUCAUUCGGUUCGUCCUCAUCGUCUGUACUUGCUCCGCAAGUCUUCAAAGCAAUCAAAAUGGAUGCAUUUUCAUCUUUCUUCGAUUCUCAACCAAGUUCCAGAAACCGUUGGAGCUAUGAUUCUCUCAAGAAUUUCCGGCAGAUUUCGCCGGCCGUUCAGUCUCAUCUCCACCAGGUUUACCUUACUUUGGGUUGUGCUUUAGUUGCAUCUGCUGCUGGAGCUUAUCUGCAUAUCCUUUGGAACAUUGGUGGGAUUCUCACGACACUUGCAGGUAUUGGAUGCAUCGCAUGGCUAAUGGCCACUCCUCCUUAUGAAGAGAAAAAGAGGGUUCCUAUUUUAAUGAUGGCUUCUCUUCUUGAAGGAGCUUCAAUUGGUCCUUUGAUUGGUUUAGCUAUUGAUAUUGACCCCAGUGUUCUGGUCAGUGCCUUUGUGGGAACUGCAGUAGCAUUUGGUUGUUUCUCAAUAGCAGCCAUGUUGGCAAGACGCAGAGAAUACCUUUACUUGGGUGGCUUACUUUCUUCUGGAUUAUCCAUGUUACUCUGGUUGCAUUUCGCUUCCUCUAUAUUCGGUGGUUCUACUGCCCUCUUCAAGUUUGAGUUGUACUUUGGGCUUUUGCUCUUUGUGGGCUACAUGGUGGUUGAUACUCAAGAAAUAAUUGAGAGGGCACAUCUUGGUGAUAUGGACUAUGUGAAGCAUGCGCUGACUCUUUUCACUGAUUUCAUUGGUGUUUUUGUCCGACUCCUCGUUAUAAUGGUAAGGAACUCCGUAGAGAAGAAUGAGAAGAAAAAGAAGAGGAGGGACUAAAUGCGGUGGAAUUAACGUUUGAUUUUCCUCUUAUCUCGAAUGCAGCGAUCCAAAACAAGUAAACUUCAAACCUUCAUUGUCCUGUAUAUUUUGUAAAUUGUAGUAGAGUUGUGUAAUGUGUUGUAAUUUUCCUAGUACUCGUAAAAGACUGCUAGCUUGUUUGGGGCUGAGCAGAAAUAAAAUGCGGUCUUUCUGUUUGUUUUUAUAAUUUUCCUCGUGUAAUCUAGUAAGACUUUUCCUCCGAGCGGAUUCUUUGUUUCUUGCAAUUUUUAUUUGGAUGAUCAUGAAUGACUCGGGUUUUGAAAAUAGAGUUGUAGAA